AUGGCAUCCGUUAUUCAUGGUAUGGUUUCUGAAAAUGAUAAAGACAUUGUUUUACCAAUUAAGACUGAAACUGACAUUGAUGAUAAAUUAAAUGUUGAUGCAUUUGUAUCUGAAUUGUCAAAGGUCACUGGUGCUACAAAUAUCACUGACAGUAUCCGUGCCAGUGUUCCAGCUGGUGUGGUAUCAAGUCUCGAUGCCAAUGCAAAGGAAUUCAACUUACAAUUUGGUGUGCCAAUUUCUUCUCAGAAUGUUGAAAUUUCAUUACCUGACAUUACUUCAUUGAACUUGAACUCAAAUGUUACAGCUUCCAAAGUGUCAACUACGCCUGUUACCAUGACAAGAGUCUCAACAUCUGAAACCUCAGGGACAGCCUCCUGUCCUAGUACCAAGACAACUGAGCCAACCACAUCUGUGUUCACAUUUGCAGAGCCAAUCUCUGUAAAGUCGGAGUGGUUGAAUGUCAAGUCAAGGGCAAGAAGGAUUGCAGCUCAUGCAAUUGCCGACAAGACAAACACCACUAAGUCAGAUUCAAAAACAAAACAAGCUACAGCUAUGCUCAACACACCUACCGGGUCCAAAACUCCGAAUACAAAGCAUGAAAUCAAAAAUGUGUUCACCUCUGAACAAAUGAACCUGUCCAACUAUACAUAUCCUGUCAAAGUCAUUCAGGAAAUGUAUCAUUUUGCCUUCAAAACCCUUGAGGACAAAACCGUCAAAGUAGUGAAAUCCACUUCGCCACUCCUCUUCUCAGAAUACCUGACAAGACUGUACUCAAAACAGAGACUGGGCACAGAAAACAAAGAGGAAUAUCCUGAUGUGCACCAAGCAGUUCAAGAUUCCUUCUAUGUUGACAACUGCUUGUCUGGAUUCCCUACAGUUCAUAAGGCCAGGGAGUUCAUCAGUAGAGUACGUCAUGUUAUGAAGUCUGGUGGAUUCAAUAUCCGACAGUGGAUAAGCAAUGAUCCUGACGUUGUUAAGGACUUGCCCAGUGAAGCCAGAUCUGAAACUUGUGAAUUGUGGCUCAUGCAAGGCAACACUGAACCACACGAAGGAACUCUUGGCCUUCAAUGGCAAUGUGAAAAGGAUCGUAUCACUUACAAGUACAGACCCAUUGCAUAUUCUACUCUGACACUGAAUGUAGUAUAUAGGAUACUAGCAAGUCAGUACGAUCCUCUUGGAUUCCUCACACCUUAUCUAGCAAGAGCCAAAGUCAUCGUUCAGCAACUGUGGCAACACAAACCUCAGUGGGGAGAACCACUUCCAGAAUGUGAACUUCUCACAGAAUGGCAUCUGUGGGAAUCUGAACUGAAACUUAUGAACCAAGUCUCACUUCCAAGAUGCAUUGAUCCACCUGAACCAGUCAAUCAGAGACAGUUACAUAUUUUCUGUGAUGCAUCAGAAAAAGUAUAUGGUUCUGUCGCAUACCUCAAGUCAGAGACCAAUGAUGGAUCAUCUCAUGUCUCCUUUGUUGCAACACGAAGCAGAGUAGCUCCUAAGAAAGCCCUCUCAAUGCCCCGCCUUGAACUGUUAGCUGCUCUAACAGGAGCCCACCUUGCCAGCACACUCACCAGUGAAAUGACCAUUGACAUUCACAAAGUGAUCAUGUGGAGUGACUCAACAACUGUCCUAGCAUGGUUGACAUCCCAGUCAUGUCGCUACAAAGUGUUUGUGGGAACUCAAGUAGCAGAAAUUCAAACAUUUACUGAAUAUCAUGACUGGAAAUAUAUCCCGUCGGAGGAAAACCCGGCUGAUGAUAUCACCAGAGGAAAGACACUGCAGGACUUGUGUGCAGAGACAAGAUGGAGAAAUGGCCCAGCAUUUCUAAACCUUUCAGAUACUGAAUGGCCUCUCAGUGAUGCAAAACCAAAACCUGAAACUGAUCCCUGUAGUGUUGAACUAAAGAAAGCCUUCUGCAGUCACAUCACAGUUCAACCCAAAGCUGAUACAUCUCUACAUCGAACAUGGGAAAAACUCCUUGAUGCCACAAUCAAUACUAUCGAGGAUCCCGAUGGGGCGGCCUCCAUCAAUGUUACUGAUGUUGAGAAAGCUGAACUACAAUUGUAUCGCCAAGCUCAGGAAGAAUGCUUUCCAGAUGAAAUGAAAUCAUUAUCCAAAGGUCUGAGAAUAGCAUCUAACAGCAGGCUCUCGCAACUCAGUCCAGAGUAUGAUAAAGACCAUUACGUCAUACGUGUUGGUGGUAGACUGAGAAGAUGUGAUGAACUGUCAAUCGAUGUAAAACAUCCCAUUGUUCUAGAUCCAAAUCAUAAUGUUACGAAGCUCCUCAUAAAGAAAUAUGACUCUGACCUCCACCACUAUGGUGCUGAAAGACUACACAGUGAAAUCAGAAGAAAAUUCUGGAUUCUUCGAGGCCGUGAAUCUGUUAAAAAACAUCAGAGACAAUGCCAUGAUUGUCAGAAAUGGAGAGCAAAUCCAGAGAUUCCUUUGAUGGCCGACCUACCAGAGGCUCGGCUAAGACUGUUCAAACCACCCUUCUAUUCGACAGGAAUAGAUUGCUUUGGGCCUAUGUAUAUAAAGAUUGGCAGACGCAGAGAGAAAAGGUAUGGAAUCAUCUUUAAAUGCAUGACAACCCGAGCCGUCCACAUUGAUAUACUUGACAGUCUGGACACGGACGCAUUCCUAAUCGCCCUUCGCAGAUUCAUCUCCAGGAGGGGUUGUCCCUUUGAACUGUUGUCAGACUGUGGCACAAACUUCAAAGGUGGUGAAAAUGAAUUGUGCAAAGCUUUUGAAGCUAUGAACUCUGAACUGAAAGAAAAACUCGCCAAGAACCAUAUCCGAUUCCAAUUCAAUCCGCCAUUUGCCCCUCACUUUGGUGGAUUGUGGGAACGUGAAAUUAGAUCAAUCAAGUAUGGCCUACGCAGUAUACUAGGAACUGAAUCCGUCAGUGAAUCUGUCCUGAGAACUGUCAUGACAGAGGUAGAAUCUAUUCUGAACUCCAAACCUUUGGGUUACACCUCAUCUGACAUCUCCGAUACCGAUCCUGUAACUCCAUACACCUUGCUGAUCGGGAGAUCAGACCCAGCACUUCCUCAGGUUGUCUACCUGAAUGAAGACAGACUAACAAAGAAACGAUUUCGUCAAAGUCAAGUACUAGCUGAUCACUUCUGGAAGAAAUUCAUCAAGGAGUACUUGCCAAAUCUCCAGCCACAUGUGAAAUGGACGGACGAACGGCGCAAUGUACAAACUGUCGAUGUUGUGCUAAUCAUUGACCCUCUUCACACUCGCAGUGAGUGGAAGAUUGGACAAGUGAUAGAGACCUAUGCAGGGACCGACGGUAGAGUACGAUCAGCAAAAGUGAAGACCAGUGACAAUGAGAUUCUCCGACCAGUGUCAAAAUUGAUCAAAUUGCCAAAAUAUGACUGA